AUGGAAUCAUCAGCAGGUUUCAGGCCCAUCAUGAACUCUAGCUUCAGCUACGCCCUCCCAAGCCACCUGUUUCCUCCACCGCCAUCUUUGGCCAUGAGGGACAGGUCCUGCUCUCUCCCUCCUCAGAUGAUGCCAGAGUUCGGGGGCCCCUUUCACAUUGGGUCCUACCACGAAGGCCCCGGACUACCUUGCCGGACGCCGUCACCUCCUUCAACGAUGGGGAUGGUUGGAAACUCUCCCUCCUCCCCCAGUGACACAGGGAACACGGAUGGUCAAGACACAGCUGAUGAGCAUCCACCUGCUAGUACAGAUGAUGAAUGCUCAUCAAGGGAUGUCAAUGGACAUUCUGGUUCCGCACACCACGACUCCAAAUCCACGGCCGACGACUACAACGGCAACGCCGGCAGCCACCCGACCCUGCUGAGCGGCCGGACCGACGGCGGCGGGAAGAAGCAGUGCCGGCACGCCAAGUCCGUCCGGCUCAGCAUCAACGCCCGGGAGCGGCGCCGGAUGCACGACCUGAACGACGCCCUGGACGAGCUGCGCGGCGUCAUCCCGUACGCGCACUCGCCCUCCGUCCGAAAACUCAGCAAGAUCGCCACGCUCCUGCUCGCCAAGAACUACAUCCUCAUGCAGGCGAACGCCCUGGAGGAGAUGCGAAGGAUCAUCUCCUUCAUGAACGGUGCGGGCGUCCCGCUGCCGCCCGCGGCUGCGGCUGCGGCCGCAGCUGCAGCUUCCCUUCCCGUUAUGCCGCCCGACGGGAGCUUCCCGCAGGGCGCCCCGGCCGGAGCCCCACCGCCCGGGAACGGUCCGGGCUAUCCGGUCGGCUCGAGGAACGGACCAGACAAGGACCACGGAGUCCCGGGCAUGUUUCCCUCUGCGGCUUGCAAUCAAUGUGAUAGGGACAAACCUUAG